UAUUUUUAUUGGUAUUGAUAACGGUACAUAUAAUGACAAUGGUAAUGAUAUUGAUAAUGGUAAUAGUAAUGGCAAUAGUAAUGGUAAUUUUAACGGCAAUGGUAAGGGCAAUGGUAACGGUAAUGGUAAUGGUAAUGGUAAUGGUAAUGGUAAUGGUAAUGAUGUUGGUAUUGGUGUUGGUGUUGGUGUUGGUGUUGGUGUUGGUUUUGGUUUUAGUAUUGGUAUUUGUAUUGGUAUUGAUAUUGGUAUUGAUAGUGGUAUUGGAAUCUGGCAGUACGACCAGCGUUACAAACAAUAUGGUACACCUGGAAACUUUUCAGCAUAUAUUAAGGUUACUCGCACUGUAUUGGAUCCAUGCGUCAGGGCGGUUGUUAUCAAACGCAAUAACAGUAAUUGUUUGGAUCAAAUUAAGAAUUUGAAUUAA